AAAUCCAAAACAGCAGCGAGUGAGAUCCACCAGAUAUUUUAAAACCACCAAGCCAAAACUAACGCAACCAAAGCAACAUAAUUCCCUGUUUGGUGGACCGAAUUGACAAAUUUAAUUAAGCACCGAAACGUGACGCUUCGAGUCUCUCACUUACGCCACAAGCGACAACAUUCGUCACAGCUCAGCACAGCAGGCAAAGCAGUGUUCCACAUCCUAAUCCCCUGUGAGACAUUUUCGCGAACAUCUUCUGCCUCCGAGAAUAAUUUGUUUCAGUUUUCGAGUGCCACUGGUUGGAACUGGUUGGUUGGAGGCUGAGGAUGAGUUUCAGGGAAGAGACUGGAGAUGCGAGGGAUCUUCAGAAACCGUUUCUCCACACGGGGAGUUGGUACAAGAUGGGUUCGCGGCAGUCCAGUAUCAUGGGAUCCUCUACUCAGGUCAUCCGUGACGGCGCUGUCUCCGUCCUCUUCUGCGUCCUCAUCGUUGCCUUGGGUCCUAUCCAAUUCGGCUUCACAUGUGGUUAUUCUUCUCCAACGCAAGGGGCUAUAGUACGCGAUCUAAAGCUCUCGGUUUCGGAGUUCUCUCUGUUUGGAUCUUUGUCGAAUGUGGGAGCGAUGGUGGGAGCUAUAGCAAGUGGUCAGAUAGCUGAAUACAUAGGCCGCAAAGGGUCGUUGAUGAUUGCUGCAAUUCCCAAUAUAAUAGGGUGGCUUGCUAUUUCUUUUGCCAAAGAUUCCUCGUUUUUGUUUAUGGGGAGGUUGCUGGAAGGUUUUGGCGUUGGGAUAAUCUCUUAUGUGGUUCCUGUAUAUAUAGCUGAGAUUUCCCCUGAAAACAUGAGAGGUAGCCUUGGAUCAGUGAACCAGCUCUCUGUUACAAUUGGCAUUCUACUGGCUUAUUUGUUGGGCCUUUUUGUCAACUGGAGAGUGCUUGCUAUUUUAGGAAUUUUGCCUUGUACAGUAUUAAUACCAGGGUUAUUUUUCAUACCGGAAUCCCCCAGAUGGUUGGCCAAGAUGGGGAUGACGGAUGAGUUUGAGACUUCUUUGCAAGUGUUAAGAGGAUUUGACACUGACAUAUCUGUUGAAGUUUAUGAAAUUAAGAGAUCUGUGGCUUCAACAGGAAAAAGAGCUGCAAUCCGAUUUGCAGACCUAAAGAGGAAAAGAUAUUGGUUCCCCUUAAUGGUUGGUAUUGGAUUACUUGUUCUUCAGCAAUUAUCUGGCAUCAAUGGAGUUUUGUUCUAUGCAACCACCAUCUUUGCAAACGCAGGAAUUUCAUCAAGCGAUGCUGCUACAGUUGGACUUGGAGCCAUUCAGGUCAUAGCAACUGGAAUUUCAACGUGGCUGGUGGACAAAAGUGGUCGGAGGCUGCUUUUAAUGAUAUCUUCAUGUCUAAUGACAAUUAGCCUUGUCAUUGUUUCAGCAGCAUUCUAUCUAGAGGGGGUUGUAUCAGAGGAUUCACAUCUAUUCAGCAUUUUGGGAAUACUUUCUGUUGUUGGACUUGUGGUUAUGGUGAUUGGGUUCUCUCUAGGCCUUGGACCCAUCCCUUGGCUGAUAAUGUCUGAGAUACUUCCUGUGAAUAUAAAGGGACUUGCUGGCAGUAUAGCGACAAUGGGAAACUGGCUGAUUGCGUGGGUGAUCACGAUGACAGCUAACUUACUUUUAAAUUGGAGCAGUGGAGGGACAUUCACAAUCUACGCAGUAGUAGCUGCCAUAACAAUUGCUUUUAUAGCGAAAUUUGUCCCUGAGACCAAGGGAAGAACAUUGGAAGAAAUUCAGUUUUCCUUCAGAUAGAUAUGUUUUGGGAGAGCAAGCAGGUAGUCUUUCUUGUUUAAAGGGGUCCAAUGUCAUGUGUAUUUUAGGCCUUUUGUAUUUAUCAUGUAUCAAAUUUUCUGUAAGAAAUGAAGGGGGGUGAAAAAUCAAUGCAAGUGUUCUUUUUACUGUACAAGCUACUGAUAUUAUUUUCUUAAAACAAUAUUGUAGCAAAAGAAAGAGGGAAAGAAACCUUGUACAGUAAAAGUGUAUUUCUAUCACGAAUUGUAUUUUUGCCAGGGAAUAGGUUCCUACUGUAAGGCACGGGGUCAUAAAUUAAAGCAGUGACUUUGUUUGUUAUUCA